AGAUAAAGACGGGACACCUAGAAUUGUUCAGUUCGAUUUCGAAAAAUGGCCACCAUCAAAUUCCUAGUUGUUUUGAUACUCGCCCUCAGUGUCUUCGCCGAUGGCAAGAUCUUGAAAUGCCACCAAUGCGAUGGAUUAGUGGAAUGUGACGCCAGCGAAGAUAACCUUGCCGAUUGCAAGGAGGAUCAACUCUUCUGCUAUAUCCGUGCCAUAAAUGCAGAAAAUGAUAAGUUCACGCGAGGUUGCACCUCAAAUGGGAAGAUGUGCGAGGUGUUGAAGGGAAUAACUUGCGGAAUCUGCCAGAAGGAUGAAUGCAAUUCUGCAUCUACCAUCGGAUCCACUGUCAUCGGCAUCACGUCCCUCUUGAUUCUGAAAGCUCUGACCGAUCACUUGUAAAUAAUCAAAUGCAUUCUCAUAAACUGUAUAUUUAAAAAUU